GGCAGGUGACAGCUCUGUUUAAUGUGGGUUGUGAUUUUUUUUUAUAGACAACAAACGAAACUGCAAGUCAUAAAUACUUUUUACUGUUAAUCUUCUUGUCAAAUUACUUCACUUUGGAAACCAAAGAUGUCAAAGUUUGCUACUCUACUAGCUGUUUUCUUCUUAAUUAGCGUAAUUUCGGCUAAAUCAUGCAAUUUACCACCGAGUGAAUGGUGUUCAACAACUGAGAUUUCUGUAGCUUGUCAGGUAGAGAAACAGUGCAGAUUGUGGUCCGGUAUGGGAUCAAAGGCAACAGCACCAGUGAACAUCGCCCUCUACUAUGAAUCUCUGUGUCCAGGUUGUAAGGAGUUUAUUACGACUCAGCUGCAACCAACUUGGAUGAAGUUGGGCGAUAGUGGAAUACUUAACGUCACCCUUGUUCCUUAUGGCAAUGCACAUGAACAACAAGAAGGAACUGGAUGGAAAUUUGAAUGCCAACAUGGCGAGAGGGAAUGUGCUGGGAACAUCAUGGAAACUUGCAUCUUAUCGCUGUUUAAAUUCAAAACUGCUGCCCCCAUUAUCUUUUGUAUGGAAGCAGCUGUAGACCCAUAUAUGGCUGCCUAUCAGUGCCUCCAGCAACAGGGCGUUGACCCUAAACCUGUCUUACAGUGUGCUAAUAGCAGCAUGGGGAAUGCACUUGAACACAAGAUGGCGCUAUUGACUGAGUCAUUGAAUCCACCUCAUCAGUAUACACCUUGGAUUACCCUUAAUGGGAUGCACACAGAAGCCAUACAGCAAAAAGCCACAACAGACCUUGCAAAACUUGUGUGUGAUACCUUCACUGGACAAAAGCCAGAUGCUUGCAGUGAUCUCUAUAAUAUGGAACUCUGCUACAGAAACUCAAAAUCCACAUUUACAUAAAAGUUUACAUCGAAAGCAGUCAGGAGAAAACAUAUCAGGUCGCUUAUAAUAUUAAUUUUGUAUGCACAAUGACAACAUCCAAUAUAGAGAACAAAUUACAAAUUUAUAAGAUAUAAAAUUUCUACGGUAGCAAGAUUUAUUUUCCAAAUACCGGUACUAAAUCAUAAAAAAUAUACUAUCGUUAUUAAAGUUGUACAAUUUCUCUGAAAAUAUUUUAAAUUAUAAU